ACGCACGUACACACACACGCACACACACACGCACAUACACACACACGCACACACAUACACACACGUACAUACACACACGCACAUACACACACACAGCAGAGUGUCUCGGUUUCUCAAACACUGCCAUGGCAACCGGAGUGAGAGAGUCUCGCAGCUCGCUUCUCCCACCCCUGUGCCGGAGAAGGGAGACUGGAACUCUGCAUCGCCUCAGACCUCGCUGCGUCAUGGCACAGGGGCACGGGGACUCGGGGAGACCUGUCCUCCACGCGUGGCGACCCGGGUUUGGAGUCAAACCGGUGGCGCGCAGCUCGGCGGGAGGCGGCGCUGCGAGGUUGGGUGAGACCGCGUCGCCGUGGCUGUCGGCACGCUCCGUCAGCCUCCUGCAGGAGCGAGCGAGCGUGGACACGAGACGGAGCAGAGCCACCACUCAGCCCUUGCUGGAUUCGGAGGAGGAAUUCGCGCGUCAGGUGCGCGCUUACCUGGCGCACGAGGAGGUGAUGCGAGUGCGGCGCGCGGAGCUGAGCUUGGCGCGCUGGGAGGAGCGCGCGCAGCGGGAGAUGAGCGCGGGGCCCGGAGCUCAGCGGGAGCCCGGGCCGAGGCUGAGCGCGCAGCGGGAGCUGCACGCGCGCUACUUGGCGCACGUGGGCGAGAAGGGCUUCGUGUUCCUGGACUCGUUUGACCCCUGGGAGUACGACCCCUUUGCUCUGUCUCCGCGGGGACGGGCCCUGAAACAGAGAUUUACAAGCGCGUGCCCGAGGCUGGGCCACGCGAGGCGCGGGGCCACGUGCAGCACCUGAGCCCCCACCAGCACGCACCUGAGCCCCCACCAGCACGAACCUGAAGCUCCCACCAGCACGCAUCUGAGCCCCCACCAGCACGCACCUGAGCCCCCACCAGCAUGCACCUGAGCCCACACCAGCACGCACCUGAACUCCCACCAGCACGCACCUGAGCCCCCACCAGCACGCACCUGAGCCCCCACCAGCACGCACCUGAGCCCCCACCAGCAUGUACCUGAGCCCCCACCAGCACGCACCUGAGCUCCCACCAGCAUGUACCUGAACUCCCACCAGCAUGCACCUGAGCCCCCACCAGCAUGCACCUGCACGCACCUCCCAAACCCACAUGCACAUCCACAGAGCUGCACACCUAUCCCUACACAAAUACAAAGAUCCCCCGUGUAGUCUUUACAAACUGUAGGGGCAAGUGCUGUUAGCAAGCACCUAUGAA